UAUAAUAAAGAGGACAGAGACUUCAGGCAGAGGUCGCUUACACUUGGUACUUACUAUCUCUUUUGAUCUGAGAGGAUCAUCACACUUAUUAAAAGGUAUUAAACAACAAGAUCCUGUCGAUGAGACAUCUCCGUUAAAUCAGCUCGUCUUUGUGUGACACACACUACCUUGCUGUUUCAUUCACCAAGUGGACUAUUGGCUAAGACACUUCAUUUCUUGUUUAAAAUGGGCCCUGAAAUGAAAGAAGACAAAACAAAAACAGAAGCAAGAUCAACAUCUUUUGAACUACGCUUCAUAGUCCUCUUGCUGUGUUUCAUCAGUACAGUUGUGCCGGUUGCAGGGUUUGCACUUCGAGAUUGCAGAAUCAGUCAAAACAGCGCCAUCUGUAAGCCUGUCGAUGGUAAACUCAGAACUGUUCCUCAAGAUAUUCCCUCAACAGUGAAAAGUAUUGACUUGUCCUCAAACAAUAUAACAAAAAUUCUAACGUCAGAUUUCAGAAAAAAGUCUGUUUUGACAGAAUUAGACCUGAAAGGCAACACGAUUGUACAAAUAGAUCCAAGAGCCUUUGCGGAUCUUAUUUCCCUGAAGAAGUUAAAUCUUAAUAGUAACAAACUCGUUAAACUUGGAGAUGAUAUUUUUGUUGGUUUGAGCAACGUCACAGAGCUGAGAAUUACUCAUAAUCAUAUCAAAGCAGUGCUGCCGACCUCUUUUGAAUCCUUGACCAGCUUGACAUUUUUGGACAUCUCUCACAACAAACUCCACAGCAGCAAAAAUGUUCAUUCUUUACUACAGCAACUGCCAAAUCUACAAAGUCUAGUAAUCACAAACAACGACUUAACCCAUUUUCAAUCAUGGGAAUUGACUAAUAGCUCAUUAGAGCUUGCUUCACUUGAUUUGUCACAAAAUCCAAUUGCAGUCUUUAGGAUCACUGCAGAUGUUUUUCCAAAUCUCACCUGGUUAAACAUAGGUUCUACUAUUAAAAACAAGAUGAUAUGGGACAUACGCAACAAGACUUUUUUUAGUCGAGUGUCUACUCUAGACGUAAGUGGGCUUCAACUGGUUUCUGAUGACUGGAAAACAUUCCUAGAGAGCUUCAACUCCUCUCUAACAAUUCUGAGGAUGAAUCAAAUGAAACAUGACCUCACAGAGCUCAUCAGCAUAUCCUGCACCAUCCCAACAAUAACCACACUCCAGCUCAGACAAAAUAAACUCAGUAUUAUCCAUUCAAAUUUGUUCAGCCUAUGCAUUCAUCUAACAGAGUUAGAUCUAUCAGAUAAUUCAAUACAAAAAAUCCAAGAUGAGGCUUUCAUGUCGCUGAAAGGUUUAAGGGACUUGAGUCUGGGUCGUAACAAACUUCCAUCUGUUCCAGCUGCCACAAGGAAUCUAAAAAUCCUUUCAAAGCUCGAUCUCAGCACAAAUAAAAUCAGCAGUCUUGGAUGCAAUGAUUUUGCCAAUCUGACAAAGCUCAGACAGCUCAACCUUUAUCAGAAUCCAAUCCCGGCUUUAAAUGAGUUUGCUUUUAAGGAUUUAAUAGGACUCCAAGUUUUAAAGCUACAGUCCUGCCAGAUCUCUAGAUUAAACAAGGCUUUCAGUAACUACUUGCCAAAUCUUAGACAACUAUAUUUGAAUGGAAAUAAACUUACCAUCAUUAAAAAGGGGGAACUGAAUGGUUUAAAGUCCCUCCAGAACUUGUCAUUGCAUGAGAAUCAAAUAAAAGUCUUUCAGAAUGGUUCUUUUAUUGGGCUGACCAAUCUUACUAUUUUACUGCUUCAAUCCAAUGAUAUUCAAACAGAUUCAUUAAAACAAAAUUGGUUCACUGGUCUGACAAAUUUAAAAAGAUUGGAUCUGAGAGACAAUCACAUAAGCUAUGCAAACAGCUUAGCCUUGCCUGAUCCACCAUUUUCUAAGCUCACUCACCUGACAUUGGCUAUUCCGUCACAACACCACCGGGGGAAGUCCUGGCUGCCACGCAACCUCCUGGAAGGUUUGACAAACCUUUUAAGCUUUGAUGCACAUAGUUCUCAACUUUUAAGCAUCCACAAAGAUAUGUUUAAGCACACACCUCGUCUGCAAAUGCUUGACAUCAGCUCAAAUGAACUUACAGACCUUACUCCAGAUUUGUUUUCCCCAAUUCAAAAUCUGAAAAGCCUCUACAUAUCUAGAAUAAAUCUUCGGUCUCUAGAUUUCCUCAUAAAUGCCAAACUUACUGAGCUGGAGUUCCUGCAGGCAAGAAAGAAUAUUUUCUCAGUCAUAAGUCAAGAAGAAAUCAAUUCUCUACCAGCUCUCGUUUAUUUGGAUCUCUUUGGCCAAAGUUUCAAAUGUGACUGUGAUAACGCAGCGUUUCUCAAUUGGACUGUAAAAAACACCCAAACCCAAGUUUUUGAUGCUUAUAACUUCAAGUGCAACUAUCCUCCAAGCCUUAACAGCACAAAACUGUUGGACCUGGACAUCCACUCAUGCUCAGUGAACAUUGAAUUCAACUGCUUCAUCACCACCACCUGUUUGACCCUCCUUUUUAUGAUGGUUUCCUUCACCUACCACUUCCUGAGGUUGCAGUUAGUAUAUGCCUAUUACGUGUUUUUGGCUUUUCUCUUCGACUCAAAGCAUAAAAACACGCAAGCUUCUGACCAGUAUGAUGCCUUUAUCUCCUACAAUGCCCACGAUGAGCCAUGGGUCAUCAGCGAACUGCUGCCAAAACUGGAAAACGAGCAGGGCUGGAGGUUGUGUUUGCACCACCGAGACUUUGAGCCAGGUAAACCGAUCAUGGACAACAUCGCUGAUGCCAUCUAUGGAAGCAGGAAGACAAUCUGUGUGAUCAGCCAAAGAUACCUCGAGAGUGAGUGGUGCUCCAGAGAAAUGACACUGGCCAGUUUCCGUCUGUUUGAUGAGCAGAAAGACGUUCUGAUCCUCGUGUUUCUAGAGGAGAUUCCCACUGCUCAGCUGUCUCCUUAUUAUCGCAUGAGGAAGCUGCUGAAGAGACAGACCUAUCUGAGCUGGCCGCGAGCAGAGGAGAACACCAACCUCUUCUGGGAGAAACUCCGCCAGGCUCUGAAAACCAGAGAAGACCAUGGCGAGGACCGGUUUCUGCUCAAUGUUGUGGACCAACCAUGAAAAGAGGAAAAACGAUCUAUUCUGAAUCAUGUUCACGGCCAGUGUCCUUCACUUCUUUGAACUGCCCUGACACAUACUUCUAAGACUUUUCUUUUUAAAACUUGGGGCAUUACAAAGGCUUCUUUCACAUUUGAACGUCUGAGAUUUUCUAGAUAAUUUCAGGAUAAUCAGUCUCUGAUAUUUUAACCUGUGCACCUCACAGUAGAAGAUUGUCAAUGUCUGACGUGUUCUCACAGAAGGAAGCAUUGGAUUUGGUUUCGGUGAUGGGGUGGCUGGUUAGAAUGGAGUAGCAGGAAGAGUCAUUCCUAAUGGUCAGUCAACCAGUCAAUCAAUCUCUACUUGUGUAGCGCCAAUUCAUAGAAAAUGACACUUUACAAAAGAGCCGGUAAAACACCUUACUAUGUAAUAUUUUCUAUAAAAGAUGCAACAUUACAGUGGCAGGGAAAAUAAGGACAGGGACAAACAGUAACAACAAGAACAACAUUUAUCGUUAGUAUGUUUAUGUUAGUAAUAAGAGACUUACUAGGACAAGCUGAUAAAGGAGAACUACAAUAAUGAGGUUUGUCAAUGUCUGAACCUAACCAAUCACAGCAACGUAGCAUCAACCGCUAUCAACAUCUGGAGGCAGAUAUGCUAUACGCUAGCCUGUUGAUCUAGAUUUAUGAUGGACAACAUGUGUGACCAUAGCCAUGCCGAGAAGAAGCAGAAAAUAUACUAGGAAGAGCGUUAUUUUACAAAUCUGAAGUACCGGUGUUUAUUUCAGUUGGCAUAAGAAGUCCACAGUAACUUUACAGGGGACUUUUCUGCAGGCAGCAUGCUACAAGCCUGCUCAUCCCCUUGCAUGUAAAAGCUGUUAAAGUGAGGGACUAGGGAAAAGAAGAAUAACAUACUGUGCUCACCGCUUAUUUGAAUGUAGUAAGCCUUUUUAGAUCACGGUCAUUCCAUGUAAAUUCGCAUGCAAUGUGAAGCUACAAGCAAACUAAAGACAGCUACCAUUAACACAACAACGCAGCUCGAGACAAGGACAAUUUAGUCCACCGCUUGGGCUUAUCGCUUAGUUAUGGUGCGUUUCAAUUUGAUAACUCCUUUGUGCAAACAUUAGGGUAGAGGGUUGGAGGUGUCCCCACACAGCAGUUUGUUUUGGUUUAAUGCUGGUGCUCAAGGGUGACAUCUACUGGAUCAAAAAAAAUCAUACAUUCUGCCUUUAAGCUUUUUAUCCACACAAUAAGGGGCUUACAUUUUCUUGUUUAAAUGUAUUUUAUUGUCUUUGUUAUAUAGCAUAUUAUAAGUGAGACAACAUUCUUUUUUUUUUGAGUAAGAUGUCACAGAUCAAAUGUGUGACCCUGCUUUUUACUGACACAUCUUCAUGAAGCAUUAUGAAACCUUACAGAUUUGUAAAUCUGUCCUAUAAUAAUGUGAAAAUGUUUUUUGUUUUUUUUCAAUUUUUCAUGCAAAAAUGUUUUAUGGUUGUGAAAUUGCCCCCAGAUUGGGGUCAUGGUGUAUGAUGUGGAACCCAUAAUGACUGACACAUGUUGAAUCAAAAAUGUGUUUUAAUAAAUUAUUUAACAAUA